AACCUUGACUUACAAAUAUUUACUUUAUACUUAAUUAGAACAGAUAUUUGGAGUUGUCGUAUAAAAACAGCUUCUUUGUAAAUUUACGGUGCUAGUUGCGUUUGAGCUUCAAAUGGGUGUAGUUCUAUUUUAAAAGUCAUUAGAAUGCAUUUAAAAAACAUGUUGCUAUUGCUAUUAUUAUUACUUCAAAACACAAUUCCUGCGUAUCUUACAUCACCAGACCACAUACGGGAUCGUCGGAUUGUUGGUGGGGAUCUAGCGAAAAUCAGCCAAAUUCCCUAUCUUGUCAACAUCCGUCGGAAUGGUCAUUUUUAUUGUGGUGGAUCAAUCAUCUCUUCACGUUGUGUCUUAACGGCGGCGCACUGCGUCGACAAGGGCCUCGCGGAAGAUUUUGUUGUGCGUGGUGGCGUUACCUUGUUGAGUGAUACCGAACACAGACGUAUGGUUGAACGUUUUUUCAUACACACAGAGUAUAACAAUCGUACAUUCGAAAAUGAUAUUGCCAUUCUCCGUCUCAAUGCGAAGCUUCAGGGAACUAAUAUCCAACCAAUCGCAAUCGGCGACUUUGUACCCGUGCAAGGUGACUAUGUUCAAGUUUCCGGCUGGGGUCUGACUCGUGAGAACGCCAUACAUCCAUCAAAUCAAAUGCGUACUGUUCAUUUACGAGUGUUACAGCAGGAGAAAUGUAAGGCAUUCUAUGACGACUACAGAAAUGUAACCGACACAAUGUUUUGUGCAUCAGUGCCGGGACAAAGAGAUGCAUGUUUAGCGGACUCAGGUGGACCAGCAGUAGCUAGGGGACGUCUUGUGGGCGUAGUAUCGUGGGGGAAAAGAAGAGAAUGUGGUCAUUUUGAUUCGCCGGGUAUAUAUGUGAAAGUGUAUACAGCAAGGAAGUGGAUAAUGAAUAUUCUUCAUAGACACUGUUAGAACUUUAAUAUUAUAUUACAUAAAUAAAUUAAUAUCAAAUAUGGGUUAAGACAUGAAGAGGAAAUGGUUGUGGAAAUAGGUAUAUACAUAUUUGCAUAACUUUU